UCUUGACGCAAAUUCCCUCACGUCUAAUCUCAAACUGUGUUGCAAAAACUGAGCCAAGCUGACUUSCUACUARCUGGAAAGUAGCCGUCAAUUCCAAGGACUAAAGAUUAUCGCUUCAGGUUUAUCGUCGUGAAGGCUUACAAAGAAUAAGUGGUAUCUCUAUWUAGUAGUGAAUCAAGCAACGAGAUGUAUUCAUUCAUUUUUCUGUGUUGUUUUGUAGUUGGGAAUACGGGAAAGGUAAUGGAUAAAAAGCAGCAUACAGAAGACAAGUGUACUGCCUUGGCCUGCAAUGCUGGCCAAGACUGCAUCAAGUCAAAUAACGCUCAAUUCAAAUGCCAGUGCAAGUCSAGUUGUUCGAGCCAUCGUAAGCCAGUGUGUGGGUCGGAUGGAAUUACGUACCGUAAUCAUUGCGAGUUACACCGAAUUGCUUGCGUCAGUGAUAAGCGGAUUGGAAUCAAACACAAAGGACCUUGUCCAAAAGAAAUGUUGCUAACUUCAAASCAUAAGUUGCAAAAAUCUAAACCAGUUGUUUGCUAUGAACAAAAUCGAAACGAAAUGCGCGAAAGACUUAUUAAGUGGAUGCUAAUCAUGGCUAGACUACUGGGAAUCAACCGUCAAAAUGUCUUUUGGAAUUUCUUUAAUGGAAUGGAUGCCAAUAAAAACGCCAAGCUUGACAGAGAAGAAUUUCUACAGCUUGUCAAAUCAGACGAAACGGUUGCUAAGAUUCCUGGAGAAGACAACUACAUCAAUCCAAUCCUACAACCACUUUGCUCUGUUGCGUUAUUUAAUCUCAUUGAUCUCAACAAAGACAGACAGCUUACUUUUAAUGAGUUUAAGCAUUCUUUGGAUCCUGAUUUCAAGCCACCACACAAACUCUGUGAAAUCGAGGGACGGACGUACAAAGAUGGCGCGGAAAUCCCCACUGACUGCAACAGCUGUGUCUGUGCUUGCGGUAAUUGGGUUUGUACAGCCUUGGAUUGUGGUGAAAAUGGUUUGCACAACAACGAAGAGAAGGAUGUAUUAGUUUUAGAUGGAAAAGAAGCUAAGAAAAAGCUCUCGAAAGAAGUUGCAAAACAAGAGGAUGGAGUAAAAGGGAUGGUGAAGAACCCGUCUUGAAGUUAAAACAACUAUGCAGCUUCAACUUGUGCAUAUUUUGGUAGCAGUAAAAACUCAGUUUUCCAGGACUCUAUGAACUAAGAAUAGAAAGGAGUCUACAAAAACUAGUCUAGUAAACCGCAAGUGCAAUUCACAUGAAUAUCAUUUUACGGCGCUAUUUAGGUGGAUUUUUUUUCACAUCAACUAAUUCAACUAAACUGAAGAUAACUGCUUUUUUAUUCCCAACACCAUUAAUAGAUUAUGAAUGUCCACUGAUUUGRUCGAUAAUAACAUGAGCCUGUAGUCCUUGUGAUCAGCGAUCCAUGAUAGUCUCAUCAUCAAGCUAAAAACCAUAAAUGUAUUGUUAUCGUAAAAUUAAAACUUGUUUAUGAUUGCACUUA